AUGGACAUUAGAGAGGUUACCCCAUUGCUUAGGUCCCACAGGUGGCAAAGUCAGACACCAAAGCCUUUCCUUGGCAACUACUUCUUCUGGUGGCUUUGGCCACCUGGCAAACCUCAGGAACACGUAUGCUGGAGCCGAGUCACGGAACAGAGGUCCUCGGACAUCGGUGCCUGGAUUCUGGGGCCCAGUGGGGCUGCUGUGGCCCUGUCAUGGCUGCGUCAGCUGCCAGACAGAUGCCUGGAGCGCAGACUCCUGGGCUUUUUCCUUGGAUCCUUCAACCUUCUGCUGCAGACCCAUCGGCCUCCUGAUCCAGACUUGCACGGAACAGGUUCUGCAGCAUUCCAGACCACGAGCACCGAGUCAGGCGGAACUGCCAGUGCCGCGAAGAAUUUGGUGGUGACCGCAGAGAUGUGCUGCUACUGCUUUGAUGUACUCUGCUGUCACCUCUAUGGCUUCCCACAGCUGCGACGUCCUAGAUUCACCAAUGACCCCUAUCCGCUCUUUGACAGCCGAUUCCCCCCGGUGACCCGAGAGGAGCUGCCUAAACUUUUCUGCUCUGUCUCCCUCCUUACUAACUUUGAGGAUGCCAGCGAUUACCUGGACUGGGAGGUAGGCGUCCAUGGAAUUCUGAUUGAAUUUAUCAACGAAAAAGGCAUCAAACACACGGCCACAUACCUGCCUGAGGUUGCUAAGGAACAAGACUGGGAUCAGGUCCAGACAAUAGACUCCUUGCUCAGGAAAGGUGGCUUCAAGGCUCCAAUUACCAGUGAAUUCAGAGAAACGAUCAAAGUCACCAGGUACCGAAGUGAGAAUGUGACAGUCAGUUAUGCAGAGUACAUUGCUUCUCGACAGCACAAUUUCCAGAGUGGCACUCUUCAUGCCCCGCCCCUCUACAAUCAUUACUUCGGACACAAGGCUGCAUGA